AGGACAAGACUGUUCCCAACAGACCCACAUCCUCCUCAUCACCAUGGUCAUCCCCAUCCAGCCCUUCCUCCCUCCGAGCUGUCCCAGAGAUUCCAUCAAACAACACAUUGUGUGAAAGGAGGCGAGCCACCAACACCCCACACGGGACGGGGAGAGGGGCGCCGCGAAAAGGAGGGACACCGAGAGAAAAGGAAAGAGGGAGAGGAGAACCGAGAGGAGAGGAGGGAAAGGCGGGCGAGCCAAAUCCACCGAGAAAUCACCGAGAAGAGAAUCCCACCGAUGAGCCAAGUGAUGUGAAUGGAAAAUAUUUUUUGCCAAGAAACCAGAACUAAGGAACCAAGACAGAGGAGUAUCAUGGAUGUGUAGGUGGCCAAUAUCUGAGAAAUCAACCAGAUCAGAGAUGUGACCAUAAAUAAAGGACGAAACGUGGGGAGGGGACCACAAUGGCCGACUACAGCGGACUUUAGGAAAGGAGGAGUGGCGGUGAAUAUGGCGCAUUGAGCGCAGCAGAGGUCAUAAAUAACUUGCCAAUAUUUUUUUCGAGGACUCCAGACCAAUGGGGCAGUUCCUCCGCCUGUCCGUUUGGACCCUCGUAUUCUUCUCUCUCUUCCCUUCGAGCUGCACCAGACGGCCGAAACGCCCGCCAAGAUGGAGGUGCCCUGCCGCCUGCAACUGCACUACCGACAACGUCCUGUGUGAUGGAACCAACGACAUACCGAGCACGUAUUCGGCGGAUAUCGUCUCAACUUCCUUCCUCAGAUGCGGCUUCACCAGAAUUCCCUCCGACAGCUUCGCCCCUUCCCAGACCAUGCAGAUCCUGUUGUUCACCUCCUGCUCCUUCGAUGUGAUCGCAGACAACGCCUUUUCAAAGCUGAAGCAUUUGGAAUAUUUGUUCAUCGAAAACAACAAUAUCAAAUCAAUUUCUAGAAACGCGUUUGGUGGAUUGCGGUCUCUGAUCCAUCUGAGUUUGGCAAAUAAUCAUCUGGUGUCUCUUCCGAAUGGGAUGUUUAGGCCCCUGACAGCCUUAAAACACAUUGAUCUACGUGGAAACCCCUUACACUGCGACUGUCGGAUCAAGUGGCUGGUGCAGUGGGUACACGGACCCGGGAAAAACGUGGCCAUUUGGCCCCCACUGCCAUGCCAAGAAGCGGGCAAAAUGAAGGGGCGGGACCUGACUGGGUUGUCGGAAAAAGAAUUUGACUGCGUCACCGGCAACAUUAUCCAGAGAUGGACCUUCCAGUUCCCAGCCUUGUCGGUGAAGUCCUUUGAGUUCCUGUCGGAGAAGUACGUGGUGAUCGCACAUCCGUUCGAGGGACGCUGCACCUUCCUGGAGUGGGAUUACGUGGCCUAUCAGUUCAGACACUUUGACAGCAUUAAAGGUAUUGCGGUGGUCUCCUGCUUGCCUUUGGUGAUUGGCAAGCAGCUAUUCGUUGUGGUGGCGCAGUUAUUCGGCGGCACUUACGUCUACCGCCGAGACCUCUCUCCCGGAAGCCCGACAGCCUUUCGUCCUUUUCAGCACUUUACAGACAUCCGCAAGCCCAACGACCUCGAGAGCUUCACGUCCACCGAAGGGGACCUCUACUUCAUCAUCGCGGACAGCGCCAAGUCUGGCGCCAGCACCCUUUACCGAUGGAACGGCGUGGGCUUCUACCCACAGCAGCAGCUGCCUCGCUGGCACCGCGACACGGACGCCGAACCCCUGAUGCUCUCGGGUUCCCCACAUCUGAUCAUGAGUAGCGGCUCCCAGAGGCCUCUAGUAUAUCGCUUUGAGAACAAGCGCUUGGUACGCCUCACCGAUAUUCCGGAAGCCUGGGACGUCUACGCCGUCAAACACUUUACCGAUGCCGAGGACGGGGUGUUCGCUUGCCUGGUGAGGUACAUGGGAGACUCUUCUUUGGUUAGGUGGGACGGCUCCAUGUUUAAACAGUUGCAGCAGCUGCCGUCCCGAGGUUCCCAUGUCUUCCAACCUCUUCUCCUCGGUCUACAUUGGCACGCUCUCCUGGGCAAUGACUACGGCUACGCCUGGAUAUACCAGCUCGAAAAAUGGAAACACUGGGAAGUUGAGGAGACCAAUGACAAGGAAGGAUCCUCUGGGCCUUUGGUGCCCAUGCAGGAAUUCAAAGUGUUGGAGGCCAGAGCUUUAACCACGGUGCGCGUGCGGGGGAGGGAUUUUAUUUUCGUGGCAAGCUUCGGAGGGGACACGGUGGUUUACGAGUACAUAGAGAAAGACAAUUCAAUAUGAGCUUGUCCGGACGAACGAGCCAAGCAAGAUGGAAAAGCCAAGUCCUCCAACUGGAGAUACAAGCCAUCGCACGACCACUAUGAUGAAAACCAAAGGCACUGUUUUAACUCAAUAUAAAAGACACCGAAAAGAACCUCAUUUUCUAAAGAAUAACAAUUUGCUUCACUUCAUUACAGUAAGCUCAAAUCUUAAGACUCAAAAUCAAGGAAUGCAAUGGGGUCAGGAGGAGAUCACCCAAGCAUAAGUUCAGGGAGUUUGAUGGGGGGGGUGGGAGGACCUUACCCAGCUCAUACCCUUAAGGACUGUGAUAAGGUUAUGGUUGGGUAAUGUCUGUCCAACCCCAUUGCAGCCCCUUAAGGUUAUGGCUGGGCAAGGACCUCCUUACCCUAUGAGCUGUUAAGGGUUCAGUAGGACAUCACCCAAUCAUAACCUCAAGGACUGUGAUGGGGGUUAGAAAAACCUUACCCAGCUAUAACCUUAAGGUUAUGGUUGGGUAAACUCCUCCUGACCCUAUUGCAAACCUUAAGGUAAGGUCUUCCUAAACCCCAAUCAUAGUCCUUGAGGUUAUGGUUAGGCAACGUCCUCCUAACACCAUAACUGUCCAUAGGGUCAGGAGGAUCUCACCCAGCUAUAACCUUAAGGACUGCAAUGGGGCCGAAACGACAUUACCCAACCAUAACCCUACCACAAUCCUUAAGGUUAUGGCAGACGGUAAGGUCAUCCUGACCUCUCCAUCACAGUCCUUGAGGAUAUGAUUGGGUAAGGUCCUCCUGAUCUCCAUUACAGUCCUCAAGGUUAUGGUUGGGUAAAUUCCACCUGACCCUAUCACAAACCUUGAGGACUGUAAUGGUGAUCAGGGUGACCUCACCCAAUCAUGUCCAAGGACUGUGAUGAGGGGGUCAGGAUGACCGUACCCUGCCAUAACCUUAAGGAUUGUGGCAAGUUUAUGGUUGGGUAAUGUCGUUCCGAUCCCAUUGCAGUCCUUAAGGUUAUAGCUUAGUGAUGUGUUAGGAGGACCUUACCCAACCAUAACCUCAAGGACUAUGAUUGGGGUUUAGGAAGACCUUAUCCAGCUGUAACCUUAAGGUUUGCAAUAAAAAACCUAUUCAGGAAGAAUUUACCCAACCGUAACCUCAAGGACUGUAAUGGAGGUCAGGAGCACAUUACCCAAUCAUACCCAACCCUAAUCAAAGUCCUUGAGAAAAUGAUUGGGUAAUGUGCUCCUGACCUCCAUUAUAGUCCUUGAGGUUAAGGUUUUCUUGACCCCCAACCUUAAGGAUCGUGGUAAGUUUAUGGUUUGGUAACGUCUUACUAACCCAAUUGCAGUCCUUAAGGUUAUGGCUGAGCGAGGUCCUCCUGACCCUGUGGAGCGUGAUCAGGGGUCAAGAAGACCUUACCCAGCCAUAACCUUAAGUUGUGCAAUAAGGUCAGGAGGAAUUUACCCAACCAUAACCUCGAGGGCUGUAAUGGUGAUCAGGAUGACCUCAUCCAAUCAUAUCCUCAAGGACUGUGAUGGGGGGUUAGGAUAACCUUACCCUGCCAUAACCUUAAGGAUUGUGGUAAGGUUAUGGUUGGGUAAUGUUGUUCCGGCCCCAUUGUAGUCCUUAAGGGUAUAGCUGGGUGAGUUUAUCCCGACCCUAUGGAUGGUUAUGGUGUUAGGAGGAUGUUACCCAACCAUAACCUCAAGGACUAUGAUUAGGGUUGGGUAAGGUUUUCCUGACCCCCAACCUUAAGGAUUGUGGUAAGUUUAUGGUUGGGCAACGUCUUACUGACCCAAUUGCAGUCCUUAAGGUUAUGGUUGGGUAACGUCCUCCUGACCCUAUGGACUGUGAUGGGGGUCAGGAGGACAUUACUCAACCAUAACCUUAAGGACUGCCAUAGGGUAAGGAGGAUCUCACUCAACCAUAACUUUAAACCUUUUGGAAAUGAAAAGCGACUGGUUAAUAGAACUAAUAUUAAAAACAUAACCACAAGGAAUGGACACAUUUUUUUACAAUUGUUUUGUACUUUUCAUAUUCUGAAUAAUGUUGCAAUCUUUUCACUGUUACAUUCUGACUGGUACUAAAAUCUGAAGCCACAUUCAUAGGGCUUGUAUGAAGGUGCUAUUAUUAUAUUGUAUUAAUAAUAUUAAACCUCCUUCAACAUGGGUCUCCACCCAGACCAAACCCUACAACUCUACAGAUACAUUUGUGUAAAUAAAGUAUCAACUUUUAGAUUC